GCUACUUCCGGUAUUUGUCGCCUCAGACUGUCUGCUUCCCCACUGAAUUCUGAUCCAUCGACCAUGUAAGAAGAUUACAAAACAUGAUCCACUUGUAGUGCUGAAAAGUAUUCAUCAUGGGGCAAGCAGCAUCCAAACAGGAGGCAUUUUGGGAAGCCUGUGGAUUCGGUCAUACAGAUAGAGUGCAGAAAUUUCUCUCGGAGGGUGACAUAGAUGUAAAUUGGGUCUCGUAUACACAUGACUGCUGUCCAAUCCAUGUAGCUUCCCAAGGAAAGCCAGCCAUUGUGCAGAUGUUGCUGGAUGCAAACUGUAAUGUAAAUGUGAAAGAUAAUAGAGGAAACCUGCCAAUUCAUCAUGCUGCCAUGAAAGGUCACUCUGAUAUCAUAGAAAGUCUGAUAGCUGCUGGUUCAGAGAUCAACACACAAGACAAGAAUGGCUGGACUCCUCUACAUUGUGCAGCUUAUUGGGGCCACCUGGAGGCUGUACGAGUAUUAGUUAAACAAGGAGCUGAUGUCAACACCAAAAACAAGGAUGAACGAACAGCACUUCACGAAACUGCUCGAUCUCAGGACUACCAUGAGGAAAGGCUUGGGGGGAUUGCUACCAUUCUGAUCGAUGCAGGUUCUGAUGUUAAUGCCAAAAGUAGUGAUUUAGGAGAGGCGGAUUUCACAGGUCUGAUGUUUGCUGCCUACCACAAUCAUCCUGAAGUGGCCUUAGCGUUCAUAAACAGUGGCUGUGAUAUAAAUGCCUUUGGAACGAAUGGCUGGACAGCACUACAUUGGGCAGUUGAUCGCAACAACGAGGAAAUGGUAUACGUUCUUCUAGAGGAGGGAGUUGACCCCACCAAACGUGCUGUGAGAGGGGAGCUGGCAUCAGAUCGUACUUCCAAGCAAGACAUCAAAGAUAUCCUCAUGAAUGCUGUUAAUAUGUUUAAUGAACUUGCACUUCUUGAAGGAAACGGAAAACCAAAGAAAACAGAUUUGGUGGAACUGCCAACAAAACAGGAGGGGAGAUGUGGAAGAGAUUUGUCAAAAACUGGAGACAAAUCUCCAGAAAAGGAGACUGUGACAGGAGAGAUUAUUAGUUCAGAGGGAAAAAGUGAUAUUUCUUCAGAUAUCACAGACAGUGACAAUGAUACCACUAACAAGGAGGACAAAAGUGCAGUAAACCCUACAAACUCUUCGGAUGUGCAAAACUGUGAAAAGAGUUCCAGUGGGAAGGGAGAUAACUCAUGCAAUCCUACAAACAUUAUGGACCCAGCAGUAGAGAAUGCUACAGAACAGACUGAUGAAUUAGAUAAAAAUCCCGAUGAUGUUUGAUAAUUUAAAAACUAGUUAGAAUUCCUCGAUGAAAUUUUGAGCAGUAUAACUGCCUGAAAGAAGGAAGUUGAAUUUUCUGUGCACAAAUUAAAGUUAGUACAGAUUAUAUCAAUUGUAUAGAUCUGGCAAACCAUGUUCUACACAUCUUUAUGUGCCCUUGUUUGAUGUAAAAUAUGAGUGUAUGUUUGAUUUUAUUCAAUAUUGCAAAAAAUUUUUGUACAGGAAUGAUCCGACACAAUCAGGAUUAUCAUAAAAAAUUUGUCCCAUACAAUGUAACCUUCAAAUGAAACUAUAAUAAAUAACAAGAAAUGUA